UGGGGGCGGUCCGAACACAUCAGGAAAUAGAUGCGGGCGCGUGUUCUUCUUUGUUUCUAUGAGCAGUGAAGAGUUUACAGGUAGAGAUGAUCGGUUUAUUGUUUCUGCUCCGGCUGCUGGUUUUCAUCAGACCCGCAGCUGAAGCGUUGGACAACGGUCUGGCUCUGACUCCCACCAUGGGCUGGCUGCACUGGGAGAGGUUCAUGUGUAACAUCGACUGUGACAAGGAUCCGGAGAACUGCAUCAGUGAGCGUCUCUACAUGCAGAUGGCAGACGUGAUGGUGAAGGAGGGCUGGAGAGAAGCCGGCUACGAGUACGUCUGCAUCGAUGACUGCUGGCCCUCCCGUCAGCGGGAUGCCCAGGGCCGCCUGCAGGCAGACCCCAAAAGAUUCCCUGGGGGCAUCAAGAAACUGGCCGAAUAUAUCCACUCUAAGGGUCUGAAGCUGGGUAUCUAUGCAGAUGUUGGGAAAAACACCUGUGCUGGAUACCCCGGCAGUCUGGGUCACUACGAGACCGACGCUCAGACUUUUGUCGACUGGAAUGUGGACCUGCUCAAGUUUGACGGCUGCUUCAUGGACUGGACCUUGCUGGGGGAAGGCUACACAAACAUGUCAAAAGCACUGAACCAAACCGGAAGAAGUAUCCUGUACUCCUGCGAGUGGCCUUUAUACGAGUGGGCUUUCAAAAAGCCAAACUACACAGCCAUCCGUGAGGCAUGUAACCACUGGCGCAACUACGAUGACGUGUACGACUCGUGGAGCUCGAUCAAAUCCAUCUUGGACUGGACUGCUUCUCAUCAAGACAUCAUCGUCCCCCCGGCUGGACCUGGGGGCUGGAAUGACCCUGAUAUGCUGGUCAUUGGGAACUUUGGCCUGAGUCACGACCAGCAGGAGUCUCAGAUGGCUCUGUGGGCCAUCAUGGCGGCUCCUCUGCUCAUGUCCAACGACCUGAGGCACAUCUGUCCUCGCUCCAAGGGGCUGCUACAGAACAGACGCAUCAUAGAGAUCAGCCAGGACCCGCUUGGCCAGCAGGGAUACUGCACCAUCAAGGUGGACAAUUUUGAGGUGUGGGAGAGGCCUCUGUCUCACAAGCGUCUGGCUGUCGCUGUUCUGAACAGACAGGAGAUCGGGGGUCCCCGGGGGCUGGUCAUCAGAGCGGUUCCCGGCUGGAAGAUCUGUGACCCCCAGUGUAAUGUGACACAGAUCCUGCCUCAGUACAGGGAGCUGGGUGUUCAGACUCUAAAGAGCAAAGUGGUUUUAUCAGUGAACCCUUCAGGUACCGCUCUUCUCACCCUCACUCCCAUCAGCAGCAGGUUUAAGAUGAUGCACUGGCAGGACACGAAUGUCAAGCACAAGCAGGAAACCAUUUUGUAAUCCACAGGUGGUUUGGCCAUCUGCCAGAACUACAUUGAUUAAGUCAAGGUGUAAAAUUAGUUGCGUUUGUGCAAUAGACCAAAUACUUUUUUUUAAUGGGGAAACGGGAAUUUUUGAAUUAUUUUAGUUGGCUUGAAUGGGUUUGACACUGGGAUAAACUACAGUAUACUGUUGGCUUUAUAUGUUGAGUAAAUCACUGGAAUGUUUUUGUACACUUGAUGUGAAUUGUCUAGAAUAUGCUGACGAGAUUUAAUCUCAAAAGGGCAUGUGUAGAAUGUGGUGGAAUAUAUCUGAACAAAUAUUCUGUUUUAGUGUUUUAUCACCUGAGACUAAGAAUUGUAUUAUCCUCGAGUGAGACUGGCUCUAGAAGGAGUCUUGAGUUCAUGUUACCUGAAGUGUAGGUUCUGGCCAGUUGGAAAAAGGUAUUUAGUUGUAAGAUGAAACUUUAACUUGAUGCUAAUAAAUCCUACUCAGUGAACAUUUUAAAAACUUGAAUUUUGUACAUUUGACAUGCACUGUGAAAAUAAAGGGAAAAAUACCACUCAA